CAAAAAAUUCAGAAAUUCUUCGUCGCCAUCGCUUGCAGAUUGCACUUGCACCUGCACACCUGGUCUAUAGGUGAUUGCAUUUUUCCCAAGUAAAAUCAAUACUUGACAAGUUUUUCGGUCUCGAUUCCAUUAUUUAUUUAUUUUUACUUUCAAUUUACUAUAAAUGCAGAGUACAAACCUCGAAGAACUAGUAGUCAUAACAAUAAUCGAUUUAUUUCAAAAAGAUCCAAAAACAAUUAAAUAUUUAUCCUACAUCCCACAGCUUUGGAAUUAUUUUUACACCAUGGCUGAACCAGACGAUGAAUCCAAUAAAAAACAAACACUCAUUUGUGCUGACCAUGAAAAAAGAGUCUCUGCCGAAAUACGCACUUUCUAUGAAUCCGGUGAGUUCUGUGAUAUUGUUUUGAUUGCCGGAGUCGAUGAUUUCCGACUGCCCGCUCACCGAAUGAUUCUCUCCGCUUCAAGUGGCUAUUUCCGGACAAUGUUCCGAAGUAAUCUUAGCGAUGCCAAAGCUCCAGAAAUAACCCUUGAACAAUGGGAUGGGGAAACGCUUAAAUCUAUUGUUGAUUUUAUGUACACUCCAACAAUUGAGAUAAUGAAUGAAAAUGUUGAGAAUGUUUUGAGGGCGGCUGAUUUUUUUCAAGUUAACUCUUUAGUGACAUCAUGUUGCACUUUUAUGAUGCAACAAUUGGACACUUGCAAUUGUCUGAGAGUAGUAUUUUUUGCAGAGCAACACAACUAUUCAGAGUUGUUAGAGAAAGCUCUAGCAUUUACACAUUUAAAUUUCGAGCAAGUCAGCAAAGAACAAGAGUUCCUUGAGAUGACCGAUGAACAAUUGGCCCGUUUUUUAGCUAGCGAUGAAAUUCGGGUGUCUUCAGAGAAAUCUCUGCUUCUAAGUGUUGUCGAUUGGAUAAAACAUGAUGCAGACAAUCGACAAAGUUCGGUUUUAUCCCUUCUUAAGCUUAUUCGUUUUCCUUUGUUGGAAGCAAAGCAUAUUGUUGAAAACCGGGAAUAUCUAUGCAAGUCACCAGAAUGUCAAACUGUUGUCCUAGACUGGCUACAGUAUCUCUUGUCCCCUUCAAGUCAUAGUCAGUUUCCACAUGCCCUAACCAUACCUCGAAAAUCAUGUAAAAAACUCUAUUUCAUUAGUGGAUGGGACAAUACAUCCAAAUUCAAUGUUCAAAAGUUUGACUAUGAAAGAGACGAAUGGAGUUCUCUUGAAUGGCCACGUCCCAUAUUGCGAAGAAAAUUCUUUGCCGCUUGUGUAAUAGACAACUUGCUGGUUCUAGGCGGAGGAGAUAGUGGAGGCAGGUCUACAGAUGAAGUUGAAUGCCUAGAUUUGCAAACAUUGAAAUGGAGUCGUUUGCCACAGAUGUCAAUGCCACGCAGAUGGUUCGCCUUGGCCGAGCUCGAUGGCCAUUUGUAUGCAAUGGGUGGUAUUGAUUCGAAUUGGACCAAUUCCGUGGAAAAAUAUAAUUUCAAGACAAACACAUGGACAGAAAUGCCACCAAUGAACUCUCAACUUAUGUACACGCAAUCGGCAGUUGUCGAUGGAGUUUUAUAUGCAAUUUGUGCUGAAAAUCGUGGAUUAGAAUGUUACGAUCCACAAACUAAUAAAUGGUCAAGAUUACCACCUAAAAAUGAAUUCUCAGCACAAUAUGCAUUGGGUGCUGUUGGAGGAUAUUUGUAUGCUGUUGGUGGUCAUUAUGCUGAGGGUAGAUCGAAGACAGUUGAACGAUUUGAUCCGAAAACUCGCAAGUGGACGAAAGUAGCUUCAUUGAAAGUGGGUCGUUCGAGAAUAUCGGUAACGGCAUUUAAUAAUAAAUUGUUUGCAUGUGGUGGACAUGAUGGAAGGGAGUUUUUGAAAAUUGUGGAAGAAUAUGAUCCAGAGACUGAUAAAUGGACACAAUUGGCUUCGUUACAAAAUGAAGGCGAUAGUUGUUCACAUGUUUUGGCAAUUUAAGUUAGUUAGUUUUUUUGUAUUAAUUGAAGAGGUAAGAAUUUUUAAAGAAAACUGCAUUUUUUUAAAAAUCGUUUUCGGAUGAGAAUCGUAAAAAUUGUAAGUCCAAUUAUAAAUAAAAUAUUUAAAAUAAAUAAUAAAAUUAAAUUAUGAAUAAAUUUAAUGGUAGACAACCUUUAUAACACUGUAAA